UCUAGACUUGUUCCCUAAUUGGUCUAUUUCUACAUUGGACAUGCUGGAAGCGAUUGGUAAGCGCCUUGAUUAGUACCUACACGUUAAGGCGGCUUUAGCCACCGUAAAUACCGCAAUGGCAACGCCUACGGUGCAGGUCGCGACAUACGUGUUUAUCGAUUUAGAAACCACCGGGCUCCCUAAGGAAGAAAACAACAGGACGAAAAUCACGGAAAUUAGUAUGGUGGCAGUGAAACGAGACCAUUUGUUGGACACGCGGCCCGGCGCGGCGCCACGGGUGCAACAUAAAUUGACUUUAUGCUUGAAUCCAGGGAGAAUGAUACAUCCUGACUGUACCAAGGUUACAGGCCUUUGCAACGACCUCUUAGAAUACGAACCAGACUUCAACAUCAAUGUGUUCAACAUGAUCAAUACAUUUCUGAAUGUGUUGUCAAAGCCAGUGUGUUUGAUCGCUCAGAAUGGUGCAGGUUUCGACUUCCCGAUCCUCAAGUGUCAAGUGGAAAAGUUGAAAGUUGCUUUCUCUGAAGAUUUAUUGUGUGCAGACUGCUAUCAUGGGUUCUUUGACAUAAUGGAAGCAAAAAAAAGUAUUUUUAACACUGAAAUCUCCAAAGAGAAUGCUCAGACCGAAGAAAAUGGUCAAAAAUUAGAGAAUAGCCACAUCAUAGAAAAUGGUCAACACACUGAAAAUGUUCACACCAUAAAGAACAGUCACACCAUAGAAAAUGAGGAUAAGAAUGAACUGUAUACAUUGAAGAAUACAUUACACAUGAAAUUAAAAAACGAAUCUACACCACAAACGAAACACAGUGGCAAUGUUACACCAAGAGAAACAAAUAAAAAAAUAAGCAAGGCAAGAAGAAGAUUCCCUUGGAGUGAAGGAAGCAAGCUCAAAGAUUCAUACAAGUUGAAGGACAUCUAUGAAAGGCUGUUAAAUCGUCCUCCAUUAGAGGCUCAUCGAGCAGAGAAUGACUGUAUAUUAGCUUUGGAAUGUUCUGUGGCGUUAGGCCAAGAGUUUGUGCAGUGGGUCGACAAAAAUUACUUUUCUUUUGCAAAAGUGGUACCUAUGACUCCUGGGGUGCCUUUGGGAUCAUGAUAGCUACUAUUUGGUGCUUAGUUUAUUUUGUAUUCUGCUUUUUUUUUAAAUUUAU